CAUCUAUCACUCAUGCUUGUCCAUGCUAUACCACAGUCGAAACGUCCGGUGUCUUGUGAAUGACAGUCAUAAGGCAUCUCUGUCAUCAUGGGUCUUGAAAAUAUCAAGCACAUCGUUCUCAUCUUGUCUGGAAAAGGCGGCGUUGGCAAAUCCAGUACCACCAUCCAAUUAGCCCUGGCGCUUUCUCAACAAGGUCACAAUGUUGGAAUCCUCGACAUCGAUCUGACAGGUCCUAGUAUUCCACGUCUACUCAAUCUAGAGGACAAGAAGGUGACGCAAGCACCUGGCGGCUGGCUCCCUGUCAAGGUCCACGAUGCACAGAAUGUCCAGUCAUCUGAAGCCAACGGCACCAACACCACUUCCUCUCCUCAAUCCCGGGGCUCUCUUCAUGCCCUUUCUCUCGCCUUCCUUCUCCCCUCCCGCGAUGCCGCCGUCAUCUGGCGCGGCCCCAAAAAGACUGCCAUGAUCCGUCAGUUUGUGUCAGAUGUGCUGUGGCCUCCCAACACCGACUACCUCCUCAUCGAUACCCCACCAGGCACGAGUGACGAGCAUAUAGCCAUUGUGGAAGAGCUGCACAAACUAGCUUCAAGCGUGCAGCCUGCACGGAAUGGAAAUGGAAUCGCUCUCAAUACAGAUACAAAGCCCAAGCUGUCAGGGGCCGUGGUUGUCACCACACCACAAGCCAUAUCCACCGCAGAUGUGAGAAAAGAGUUAAACUUUUGUGUCAAGACCCAAGUUCCGGUACUUGGAGUCAUCGAGAACAUGUCUGGGUACCUAUGCCCGUGCUGUGGCGAGAUCUCCAAUGUCUUUAGCAAAGGAGGUGGGGAAAUCAUGGCUCGAGAGGCCGGUGUUCCAUUUCUGGGCUCCGUCCCCAUCGACACCACUUUUGGCGAUCUCGUCGAAGGAGUCAAGAUCGCUCAGAAUGAAUCAGCCUCUAACAACGGCACCUCAACCUCCUCCGAGUUGGUCGAGCGAUACCGCGACUGCGGAUUGAACCCUCUGUUUACGGCCUUUGCUACGACAGUUGAUCAGAAAGUUGAAUCCACAUCGUGACCCCAUGGAAGAUGACAGAUGCAUCGGAAAAUCUUAUAGUGGACACUAGUCCGAAGACUACAAUCCUGCUUGUGGCAUCCGGCCAAUUCAUGCUAACAUGUCUCAGCGCGCCUGGCCAGGGUAUUGACCUCAAAUAGAGGUACUGCGGACUUUUGAUCGCCGGAUAUCACUCCCGAUGGUGGCCUGGUCGCCAUACUUGGAGAGCAAGAGAAUCUCCGCCUGGGUAAAAGAUAGCACCAUGGCACGGCAUCCUCACCUAUUCCAACAAAACAGCUUGGAAAUGACUGCCUCGAACCUGAGCUGGUCAACUGCGUUAGGAAUGAGUCCUGAACAAACGAUUAAUCGUCCAGGCAUUCAUACAUUCAGGACAAAGUGAGCGCAGACAAGAGCCUCCUCUGAGGUCAAAGUUGGAAACAACACUCCCCAGACAUGUUUCAUGAGAGAUGUCUUGGUACCAAUAUAAACUUCAUUUGAACAACUCUAUGCCGAGUGCUCAUCUAUCCUUUCAAACUGUUAAUGUCGAUUGUCGGUCUGAUGCCAUGCUUCAUUAUGGGACUAUUGAAGAAGUCCUCAUAGUUGUGCAAUGCGACGGUUUGGACUCUCGAUACCUCCACCUCUUCUCGGCCUCGCGUGACAACAUCCUCUUCAUAUUGAUCCAUGGCCUGGGUCAGAGUCUUUUCACCCGAUUUGACGGCCAACAUGGCAUGAACAAAGCGCUCACUGUCUCGAAUGGCGUUGUUUGCCCCUUGUCCUCGGUCUAUUCAAAAAUCAGUAUACGCUUUGAAGACCCUGGCGACACCUACGAAAGGUCAUGCUGUGGGCAGCAUCUCCAGACAAUGUCACCCUGCCCCCUCGGUUGUCCCAACCCGAUUUUGGUCCCCAGAUCUUGAAAGGAACCGCUUUUGCUUUGGUUUCAGGUGGGAUCCAUUCCACCGCUGAUCGAUAUGGAUCCGCCCAACCGUCCAUUCUCUUCUUCAAUUCCUGCACCAUAUCUUUGCCCUCUCGAUAGUCGUCUUCCGAUCUUGGCCAUGUCGCAAGAAUAUAAAAGAUCCAGGUCUCUGGUUUCUCGAGAUCAGGCUUGUCAAGGAGGAAGAUUCCAAUGUACAUUGACUUGGGAUGGAUGCCCACGUCCACAAUGGGAUGCAUCAUUUUGUCCAUCAUGACUGCCCUCUCGGCAGUGUAGGUGAAUGAGAAAUUGAGGAACGUAUAAGGAAGAACAGUCGAAAUGGCUGCGUCACCAAGAAGCCACUGACGAACCCACGAUCCACCACCGUCCGAACCGACCAAGACUGAACCGGAUUCGGAAGUGCCGUCAUGGAAGUGAGCCACAACUCCAUCUACAUUGACUUGAAUGUCGGUUAUGGUUUUCCCAAACUGUCCAUCAGAAACCAUCGAUCACGACUGAGUGUGCUUCUCACCUUGACAUUUACACCCUGAGCCCAGAUAGUCCUCGUUUUCUGAAUAUUGAGUCUUCGAACUCCAGGAAAAGGUGGUUCCACCAAGGUCAUUCCGUUGUGUCCAUCACGGAUGAUGACACUCUCGCGGCCAGCUGACUUGGAAUCCAGACCAGGAUCAGGCUGACAAUCCGUCAAACGACGGAAAAGAUGGUCCGGAAGAAGUUCGGCUAGAAAUGGAUGGCUCCAGGCGAUUGUGACUCCCCAGUUGCGAUCUCUGGGUUCGCUUUCUCUCUCAAUAACGAUGUAGUCGAUUCCAUUCUGUUUUAAGUCAGAGCCUUUCAUGCAGAACAAGAGGAGACCAAACCUUUUGAAGUCCCUGGGCAAUAGCCAAACCUGAU